AGCCGCUCUCUGCAAUGCUGGUGCUGUGGGUGUCGGUGGUCGCAGCCACGGCGCUGGCAGCCCCAGACCCCGGGGCAGGUGGGCAGAGGCGAGGAGCUGCUGGGGUUUGGCCCGUUGCACCCAACGUGGUGCUAGUCGCGAGCGACUCCUUCGAUGGAAGGCUGACAUUUUAUCCAGAAAGUCAGGUAGUGAAACUUCCUUUUAUCAACUUCAUGAAAGCACAUGGCACCUCCUUUCUGAAUGCUUACACAAACUCUCCAAUCUGUUGCCCAUCACGUGCAGCAAUGUGGAGUGGCCUCUUCACUCACUUAACAGAAUCAUGGAAUAACUUUAAGGGCCUAGAUCCAAAUUAUACAACAUGGAUGGAUAUCAUGCGGAAGCAUGGCUACCGAACACAAAAGUUUGGAAAACUGGACUACACUUCAGGACAUCACUCCAUUAGCAAUCGCGUUGAAGCAUGGACAAGAGAUGUUGCUUUCUUACUCAGACAAGAAGGCAGGCCUAUGGUUAAUCUUAUCCCUAAAAAGACUAAAGUCAGAAUAAUGGAAGAAGACUGGAAGAAUACAGACAGAGCAGUAAAUUGGUUAAGAAAGGAAGCAAGUAAUUACACUCAACCAUUUGUUCUAUACUUGGGAUUAAAUUUACCACAUCCAUAUCCUUCACCAUCGUCAGGAGAAAAUUUUGGAUCUUCAACAUUUCACACAUCUCUUUACUGGCUUAAAAAGGUAUCUUAUGAUGCCAUCAAAAUCCCCAAGUGGUUACCUCUGUCUGAAAUGCACCCUGUAGAUUAUUACUCUUCUUAUACAAAAAACUGCACUGGAAAGUUUACAGAAAAAGAAAUUAAGAAUAUUAGGGCCUUUUAUUAUGCUAUGUGUGCCGAGACAGAUGCCAUGCUUGGAGAAAUUAUUUUAGCUCUUCACCAGUUAGACCUUCUUCAGAAAACUAUUGUCAUAUACACCUCAGACCACGGAGAACUGGCCAUGGAACAUCGUCAGUUUUAUAAAAUGAGUAUGUAUGAAGCUAGUGCUCAUGUUCCACUGUUGAUAAUGGGACCAAGAAUUAAGGCCAACCUACAAGUAUCAAAUGUGGUUUCUCUUGUGGAUAUUUACCCUACUAUGCUUGAUAUUGCUGGAGUUCCUCUGCCUCAGGACCUGAGUGGAUACUCGUUGUUGCCAUUAUCAUCAGAAACGUUUAAGAAUGAACAUGAAUUCAGAAACAUACAUCCACCCUGGAUUCUAAGUGAAUUCCAUGGAUGCAAUGUGAAUGCUUCCACCUACAUGCUUCGGACUAACCAGUGGAAGUAUAUAGCAUACUCUGAUGGUACUUCAGUAUUGCCUCAACUCUUUGAUCUUUCCUCGGAUCCAGAUGAACUAACAAAUAUUGCUACAAAAUUUCCAGAGAUUACUUAUUCUUUGGAUCAAAAGCUUCGUUCCAUUAUCAACUACCCUAAGGUUUCUGCUUCUGUCCACCGGUACAACAAAGAACAGUUUCUCAAGUGGAGACGAAGUGUAGGGCAAAACUAUUCAAAUGUUAUAGGGAACCUCAGGUGGCAUCAGGACUGGCUGAAAAAACCAAGGAAGUAUGAAAGUGCAAUUGAUCAGUGGCUUAACACCCACUCUAAUCCAAAAAAAAAUCUGAACAAAAGUUAGAAAAUAAUGUUCUAGAGCAACAUACGGAGAUAUGCUAAGAGAUGGUGAUUAAUUUUUAUGUCUGUUCUAAUACUUACUGAUUUUUGGUUACUUUUAAAGAAUGUAUUCUAUUUUAGGGGCACCUGGGUGGCUCAGUCGGCUAAGCGUCCGACUUUGGCUCAGGUCGUGAUCUCGCGAUCUGUGGAUUCAAGCCCCACAUCAAGGCUCUGUGCUGACAGCUCAGAGCCUGGAGCCUGCUUCGGAUUCUGUGUCUCCCUCUCUCUCCCCUCGCCCUCUCAUGUGCGUGCUCUCUCUCUCUCUCUCUCUCUCAAAAAUAAAUAAACAUUAAAAAAAAUUUAAGAAUGCAUUCUAUUUUAAAAUAAAAUACUAACCAUUAUAGAAUUAUAUAUUUUCAAAAAUGAUUACUAUCCAGACCUCAUUCCUAACAACUUUUAACAACUUAAUGGAGGUAUUAGAAAGAUGGAAGCAAGUAGUAUAAUAUAAAGUUAUGUUCCUGUGAAUAAUAUGGAAUAUAGAGUAUCUUAACAAUUAGAAUUACUUACAAACUAUUAUAUAGUUAUCUAUGAAUA